UUGUUUUGUAUCGCAUCUGGUUAGUGCUGAAGCUGGUUUAACCAACUCUCUUUCUGGUUUGUCUACUCCUUGUCUGCUCCGAAGUCGGUUCAUUUGCUCUGAAUCCUGCCUUUUGCCUGUUCUGCAACUGGCUCUCUAUUCUGCUCUGCAACCCACUCUGUACCUGUUUUACCUGGUUUGUCAUGCUUUUCCUGCUCCUCUCAGGUGUGCUGGCCCUGCUGUCCUGUCUUAUUUGUCUUGCCUGUGCUUUUGGUUGCCUUUACCAAUGUACCUGGUGGAUCACUGUAGUUCUGCUGCUCACCCUGGACCCAACUUCCUACUUGUUGCCUCUGUUGGGCGGGUCCAGCCGGACUGCCGCUGCCCGGCGGGGGUUCUGCCCCUUCCUACUCGUUGCCUAUGUCGGGCGGGUCUGGCUGGACUGCUGCUGCCCGGCGGGGGUUCUACCUUUUCCACCUAUUGCUCCCUAAGGGUUGUGCCCUGCACCUGCCCAGGUGACUGGCCCAGGCCUCUGUGUUCCGGCCUGGGAGGCAGCCCUGCCCGGGAUCCCUGUGGCCUGCCGUGAGGAAUCUGCCUGCCUGCCUGCCUCGUCUGAACUCUGGGAUCCUCCUUCCUGCCUGCCUGCCUCAUCUGAACUCGGAUCCAGCCCUGCCUGCAUUAACCCUUAAAUGCCAUGGCAUCCCCAUCCUGCCCUCCCCCUAGUACUUCAGUGUCUGCGUCCUGUGUUUGGGUCCAUCCGUCCACAUUCCUGACAAGAACGAAUUCAUCCACUGUUUGCCAGAGUUUACUGAGAAGCAUUCGUAAAGCUAAGUACUAUGGUCUCAUGUUUCACUCGACUCCUGAUCAGGCACACUGUGAGCAGAUGUCAGAAGUAGUGAGGUAUGUGGAAAUUGAUUUUGAGAGGAAAACAGUCCGUGUUAGAGUCCUUCCUUGAUUUUAUUCAGAUCAGCCAGAAGGAUGCUGAGAUCUUGGUUGAGGACACCUUGAAACAGCUAGAGAAGGACAAAAUGGAGCUACAAGAUUGUCAGUCAUAGUGCUAUGACAAUGCUGCUGUGAUGGCUGGACACGCAAGUGGUGUUCAUCAAAGAAUAAGUGAGAAAAACAACCUGGCAGUGUUUGUGAAUUGCGACAAUCACUCACUCAACUUGGUGGGUGUACCUGCAGCCACACAGGAUACAAUGAUGGUCAUGUUAUUUGGAACCAUUGAAGCUCUCUGCUUGUUUUUCUCUCAUUCAACACAGCGCUGGGGAAAAACUCAAAAACGCCGUGCCUGUGGUUGUUAAGUCGGAGUCCAAAACCAGGUGGAGUGCAAGGACAGAAGCAGUGAAGCCCAUCAACAAGUACCUUGAGGAGAUACUUCAAGUCCUCCAGGACAUGGUAGACAAUGGAAACGAGAAGUGACACAAGGCAGCUGUACAACUGCACGUUGAGUUAAGAUUUUCUGAUUUUGCUAGGAGUUGAGUGUCCAUGAUGCUGCCCUGGAUUUGAAAGCCCUCUGACAUCAUUUUUAUGAUGAAAGAGAAGUGUUGGUCAGUGAGUCACUCAAAGAAGGAGUCUGUCUCUGUCAAUAAUGGAAUAUUGAAGUUGAAAGAUGUCAGAGACGAAAGAAAUGAAUGACUGAUGAGAACUCGAGGGUUAACAGCUAAGGAGGAAAUGGAAAGAGUCAUGAAGGGAACACUCGACUGUCUUCACAGAGAAAUGAACGAAAGGUUUGCUUGUUUGCACGACACUGACGCCAAGUUUGGGUUCCUUCUUGACGUUGAGAGACUGUGUUAUGGCGCUGACAGUAACAACCUAAAGAAGAAGUGCGAAAAUUUGGGCGAAUUGUACGACUCUGAUAUUGAUGGACAGCAGCAAUAUGAAGAAAUUUUGGAUUGCAGAAUGUUGCUAUCAAGGCAGGUCAACAUGAAAAUAUCAAGACCUAAAGAGCUGCUUGAAUUUAUUGUUCAGUAUGGAGAUGAGAGUGUCUUCCCCAAUCUUCGCAUUGCUAUUCAGAUAAUGCUAACCAUCGCAGUUUCCAUCGGCAGCUGUGAGAUCAUUCAGCAAGUUAAAACUAAUACUUCAUAUUUGAGAGCCUCCAUGGGUCAAGGCAGACCCUGUGAUCUUGCUCUGCUGAGUGUAGAAAGAGAAGACACUGAAAAAACUGACAUUGACCACAUCAUAGACCAAUUUGCAUCAGUGAAAACAUGGAAGGUUUACAAGACGGAGGAACUCUGCACGGCGUUGCGCUGGAGCUUGCAGUCCCGAAACCGCUUCGCUCUCCCGGUCUGAGACAGCGGCUGGCUUGGCGCAUGCGCGAAGGGUGCCGACGGCUUGGAACUGCCCCUCACUCGGCGCUACGGCAGCGCUGACCGGCCGAGCGGCCGUCGUGGCUCAGGGCCUAGUCCCGGCUGGAGGCAACAGCACAGCACUCAGGAUCCCGAGGCGAGUGGCUGUGUCACGGCCGGACGCG